UGGCUGGCCGGCUUCAGCGCCUUCCUGCUGCCCUGGGCUCCCGCCUGGCUCCGGGCCCUCUACAAACCCGUCCACAUCUUCUUCGGCUCCACCAUCCUCCUGCUCUCCGUGGCUUCCUGCGUGUCGGGCAUCAACGAGAAGCUUUUCUUCAGCCUGAAGAACGGGACGAUGGAGUACAAGCGCCUGCCCGCCGAGGCUGUCUUUGCCAACACGCUGGGGCUCCUCAUCGUCCUUUUCGGGGUGCUGGUGCUGGGUGCUUUGGCCAGGCCGAGCUGGAAGCGCCCCGACGCCGACUCCCCG